GCGCGUUUCGCGAACACCCGGCGGGCGUGCCCAUGGGCUCUGCGGCAGCGCGUUCGUCCGGCUUUACGGCGGCAGUACUUGACGGCAGAGGUGUCCGCCCCCCACCCCUCCCCCGCCCUGGCCGGCGUUGUCGGGGUAACGGCGAGCGCGUGAUGUUGAUGAAGGAAUAGUUACACUUGAAAAAUGGCAGUAGCAGUUUUCCAUGCCCCAAAGAGGAAAAGAAGAGUGUAUGAGAACUAUGAGUCUCCAUUUCCGAUCCCUUUUGGUCAGAACUGUGGACCUAAGAAAGACUUCAAAAUGUUCCGCGCCGAAAUAAUAAACAACAAUGUAAUUGUGAAGAACGCAGAAGACAUUGAGCAGCUGUAUGGGAAAGGUUAUUUUGGAAAAGGAAUCCUGUCUAGAAGCCGUCCAAACUUCACAAUUUCAGAUCCUAAGCUGGUUGCUAAAUACAAAGAUAUGAAGACUAAUAUGCCUAUAAUCACGUCAAAAAAGUAUCAGCGUAGUGUAGAAUGGGCCACAAAGCUCAUGCGAAGACAGGUUCAGGAUGAGAGUACAGUGCAUAGAAUCCUUGAAGAUUAUACAAGACCACUUGAGCAUCCUUGCAUAAAAAGGAAUGAAGACAUUCCAUUGCAUGAUGAGCUGAAUUCUGAAGUAGUUUCCAAAACAGAAGCCACAGUGGAGAAAGAGACACUUUAUGUGAUGAACGGGGGCUCAGGAAAGUCAGAUGACAUUGAGGAUCCCAACAAGCAAUCAGGCCGCCUGCAGGAAGGCUCUGGGCAUGACCCACUAACUGCAAACGGCUUGGAUGAACAUAUGUCAGAGGACACUGCACCCCUGCCCCAACAAGUCCGUUGUGGCAAACAAGAUGUUCUCCUCCCCCAGGGAGACACUCAGGACAGCAGGCAACGGGCAGGUCUCCUCUGUGCCAGAGAGAGAGGCCCUGAUAAUGAGUAUGUGCUGGUGGAGGAAGUUGUGUGCGAUGAUGUCAGUGAGAGGGAAGAUGCCCCAAAUGAGGAAUUGGCACAAAAAAAGAGGUUAAUCUGCAGAAGAAAUCCAUUAAGGAUCUUUGAGUAUUUGCAACUCAGCCUGGAAGAGGCCUUCUUCCUGGUCUAUGCUUUGGGAUGUUUAAGUAUUUACUAUGAGAAGGAGCCUUUAACGAUUGUGAAACUCUGGAAAGUUUUCACCAUAAUUCAGCCCACAUUCCGGACUACCUACAUGGCAUACCAUUACUUCCGAAGCAAAGGCUGGGUGCCAAAAAUAGGACUAAAGUACGGAACAGACUUACUGCUCUAUCGAAAAGGACCUCCGUUUUACCAUGCAAGUUACUCUGUCAUUAUUGAGUUAGUUGAUGACCAUUUUGAGGGCCAUCUUCGCAGACCUUUCAGUUGGAAGUCACUGGCUACCUUAAGCAGAGUUUCAGUGAAUGUCUCCAAGGAACUCAUGCUAUGCUAUUUGAUUAAACCCUCUACCAUGACUGACAAAGAAAUGGAGUCACCAGAAUGUAUGAAAAGAGUUAAAGUUCAGGAAGUGAUUCUAAGCCGUUGGGUUUCUUCACGAGAGAGGAGUGACCAAGAUGAACUUUAACAAUUCCACCCCAGAUUUCUGAUUUUACCAACAAAUAUUUAUUGAGUCUCCUACAAUAAGCCAAGUUCAGGGCAAGGUAAAGAGUCCUCUUAUUGUAAUUGGUCAUUAAUUUAAAGGUUUUAAAUGGCAUGGUGCUCCCAGAACCAGAAAACUUAGUGUUUUAAAAAAUAAAGUUACACAGGAGAGAAAAAUAGCCCUGGGCUGGAACUCCAGAUUCUGUCCUUAAGUCGGCACUGACUGUGACUGACCCCUAGCUCCUCGCCUCUGGGCCUCACUCUGUCCUCAUCUGUUCAGUGAGGACACUGAGUAUAUGAGUCACAAGAAGACUCGUCUAGUGGAAAUUCUGUGUUCCUCUGAUUUUACCUUAAAGUGAUAAUAGUCUACAUUUAUGUGGCACUCUACAGUGCUCAAAGCAGCACUUUUAUACACAGUCAUCUCUAGUUACCCACAUCCAAUCUGUUCCUGAAAGAGUGCUGGAAAGCCGA